CCAUCAGCAGAGCAAAAUCCUUGUAAAACGGACAAAACAAUUAACUGUUCGGUCGAUACAUCUUCACCACUCGUAAUCAGCGUAACCAAAUAUUGUUUCCUGUCGGAUUUGUGUGGAAAGGCAACAGGCCAAGGACUCGGCUAUGGCGACUCCAAAGGACGAACGAACAAGCAAUGCGGCAGCCGUGCCCAUUAAUGGACUCGAAAGUGCUGGUAACUGCACGAGUACAAAUAACAGCAACAAUAUCGGCCUCACGUCCACACCCGUUUCGAGCGGGCGUAACGCUAACGGUAAUAGCAAAGCUGGCAGUAGCGGAUCAGCUACCAACACUCCAACUAUUGGUGGAUGCAUCGAUCAGAACAGCAGCUACAGUAGCAGUGCAACAAAUACGUCCGUUACACCUGGUGUACCAGGAUCGUCUGGCCAUAAAGGCAGCAUCCGAGGCAAUAAACUGGCUCGUCGAGCACGUUCCUUCAAGGACGAUUUUUUGGAGAAGAUAUCUCAGAUCCGCACUCCGACCAAUACGAUGGCAAGGUCUCACUCACCAAAUAGUCCCCGUGGUGGUAGUGGAAUUGGAAGUGGUAGUGGCAACUCAGGCAGUUAUGGCAUCCGGAAAAGUACCACAGACGAACCAUCGAAGCCGAUACAAGAUCUUAACUAUCAUGUGCGACAGGUGAAAAAUGCCCUGACACAUUUCAAGGACGUCAUACUGAAGAACAAGCUUGAGAUGUUACCGGGCAAUGGCACGGUUGUUCUGGAAUCUAUUGCUAACGUGCAUACGGCCCUCCAAUCCUAUACACUAAACGAGCAAAGUACGGCAUUUAUUAACGCCACCAACCACGUUCACGUGUCACUGGGCAAUCUGCUAAAAUUGUGUGACGAAGUGUUGCUGACCAAGGAGGGUGAUGACUGUCCAUCACUUAGCAAGGAAAAUGUAAAGGAGGUAGUUGAAUUGGUGGAGAAUGCCGUGAAUAAUCUAGUUAAUUUGGCAAACGAAAAGCUAUCCGAUCGGAAAUCGACCGUAUCCGUAGGAAACGUUGCUGGAGAUGGUUCAAAGUCGAGUACACCUGGCACAAGCUCCAACACAUUACAAAGACCAACAGUGGACGUGGUCAGCCAACGAACUUCUCUGCCAGACAUUCCACUAACACCACGCGAGCGCGAUAUUCUUGAACAAACUUCCUUGAAGACGGUGCGUGCGUCACAUAGUACCGAAAGCAUCUUACGUGAUUCGAGUCCACCACCUCCUCCCAAACCACCAUUACCCGAUCGUUCGCAGGAACCACCACCUCCAUUGCCACCAAAACGAAAGAGUCAACAUGCUAAAAACCAUUCCUUCCAUGAUACAACAUCAUCCGACUGCAAUUCCACUGAUUCCACCAUUUUUCACGCGGAUGGAGGAAGCAGUGUGGGUAUUGGUAGUAGAGGAACCGGUGGCACAAGUGGAAAUAUUGGUCUUGACCGAAUGUCGCUACGUUCUCGUUCUCCUGAAGAUAACUGCAGUCUCUUGAGCGCCAGUGCCGGUUCGCUGGAUUCAGCUCUUAAUCACUCGCGCGAGGAAGAUGAAUUGAGGGCACUCACUAGUUGUUCUUCACAUGCUAGUGCUCCGGCCGCUAGUUUAGGUGGGUUAGUAAUGCUCGGAACGUCAUCCGGCACUCAUGCCUGGGAAGAACCUGCAGAUUUGGUUGGUUUACCGCAGAACAGUAACAGCAGUCUAAAUCGCAACUCGAAUGAGUCUGGGUUCGAGUCAAUGUAUUCGCUGCGAGUAAGUCGGGAUCAGCAACAACAGCAACAACAAAUGAUGCAUUAUCAGAGUACGGCUGCCUCCGUCACGACUCAUCAUCAUCAGAAAAGUGCCAGUUCGUCGUCCUCAUCAGCUUCUUACGUGCACAAAUCAGAAUCUAUUGUGGACGGUAUAACCACACUCGUGGUGACUUCCGACAAGAGUUCCUUGCAACGACAACAGCAACUACACCUACAACAGCAUCACCAAACACAAGUGCUUCAUCAUCAUCAUCAUCAUCAUCAUCAUCAGGAACAGCAACACUUUCACCAGAAAAUCGACACUAUUAUCACGCAGGCAAGUGAUGAAGGUACGGGCGAUUCGAAAGCUAUCGAACAGCUUGCCUGUUCGGCUUCACUGAAUUCGACUACUUCUGGUAGCAGUAGUAUAUCGAAACUGCUCGAGCAAGAUUCUAGUAUAGAUGAGAUUGGAAGUGAUGACGUAUUUCCACGACCGAGUGGUUCCUCAUCCGACAGGCCACCAGCACUUCCUGUCAAGACACGAUCACACAGUAUUAAACGAGAACGCCAUCCAUCACAGUACGAUAAUGUGGACGAGGUCGAUUUAGAGCGAAGUGCUCAAGAUUCAUUUGGCCACUUUCCGUUGCCUAACUCGCCAUCAUAUUUAUACAGUCGACAACAGAUGUUUCAUAAUCUACCGAGCAAGCAUAUUAGCUUGAUCGAACCUAGACACAUGACCCGUUUCCAAGAAGAACCACCACCGCUCCCAAUUAAGAAGAAGCAUAUAAUGGCCUACAUGGAAAUAUUUGGCAGUGCCACACAGAACCAGUCCGAAUUUAUGCGUCACUCUGUUCACACGUACAAUCUUGCACAGUCCGAACAGGUAUCUUCUAGUAUUAACACGAGUAAUCACAAUAUUUCUCCCAGUCAAACAAUAAGUCUUUCGCCAUCGUGUAUUGCUCCGGCUACGGUGUCACCACCUAAUUCACCAAACGUUAACAUGAAACCACCCGCUCUGCCACCAAAGCGUCAACGUAUAAACAGCAAAACGCCAAGCAUUGCAUCAACACCUCCUGCCAGUCCUAAAAUUUUUCAAGAUCAGCAUCAUUACAUACAUGGCGUUCAUUGUCAUCAGCAUCCACAGAAAAAUUCGAAUACAAUCAAUACAUCACCCUCACCAUCAACGACAUCCCUCGUAUCGGCGCAAUCUGGAGUUGGACUAACGCCAACGACUACCUGUACUCAAACGCUGGACGUGAAAACAUCGAAGGUAUCGCAAGCUACCCAAUCUCCUGAUUUAGAAGCAUCUUCAACAUCUAGCAAUUGUAAUGCUGGCUCGGAUAAUACUACUUCUAUUACUACCACUUCUGCAACUAUCUCUUCCGCUGGUGAUAUUGUGGUUGAUGCCAAAGAGCAAAUCAUUUGUAGUAGUAAUUCCUCUAACAGAACACUAAAUGCUGGACACACCAAAAUUGAGGACGAUUAUCUGCAUUUGUGCGAUGCCACCACAAAAGGUCCAACUACGGGAAGGGAAGAUAAUAUAUUAUCUCCUGCUUCUAAUACGAAUCUCGUUACUAGUCGCAGCAGUGGCUGCGUUGCCAAUCAUAGUCGCAGUCAUAACAAUAUUGGCAGUAGUAGUAAUAACGUUGAAUCUAGUAGUUAUUUUAACGAUAUCCAUAACAAGGGUAAAACUAGCAGUAGUAGCGGAGGUCUGUCGGUAUUACCAUCCAGCGAUAUGAUGUACGCAUCGUCCACUACACCACCUGUAGGCGACACCAUAGACGAUCGCAACAGCAAAUCCGGGGAUGAGGUUGAGGUCAUACUUAGACGGAACAAUAAGAACGGCAUAACUAUCUUGGAACAACAGCAUCCCCUGAACUUAAUGGAGGAGCUAGACGUGAGCAAUUAUCUAGUGUUUAAAAAAGAAAACGAAGAUGGUCCAGAUGUUAAGGGUGGUCAACCGGAUGCAUUAAUUAUACAUGCCACCAGGGUGCAGAAAAAUUCAGACGCUUACGGUGAAGCAUUCAUCACUACGUUCCGCACAUUUAUCUCGCCGCUGGAACUAAUCCAAAAGCUGUCCCAUCGCUAUACUGUCUACCACUGUCAGAUGAAUGAUGCCAAACAGAAAGCCGCCAAAGAAUCGUUUUCCCUACUAGUACGAGUGGUGAAUGAUCUUACCACGCCGGAUUUAAGCGAACGCUUGCUGGUGAUUUUGAUGAACUUUGAUUAUCAGUUGGUGAGUGCUGGGCAUCUCACGAUGGCCAAGUUGCUGCGUGUGAAGUUGAUCGAGAAAGCGUUGAUCUAUAAGCAAAAGGCGUCAUUGACCGUCCAAACGCUAUCGUCUAGAGCACUUGUUGCCCAGCCACCGACUCUUCUCGAUCUUAAGUCGGCUGAAAUAGCGGAACAAAUGACACUUCUCGAUGCUGAGCUUUUCCAAAAAAUCGAAAUACCGGAAGUAUUAAUAUGGGCACAGGAGCAGUGCGAGGAACGGUCCCCAAAUUUGACGCGUUUCACUGAACACUUUAAUAAGAUGUCUUAUUGGGCUCGUACUCAAAUACUUUCGCAAAACGAUGCCAAAGAUAGGGAGAAACACGUGAUCAAAUUUAUAAAAAUAAUGAAACAUUUACGAAAAAUCAAUAACUACAAUUCGUAUCUAGCACUGCUGUCGGCACUGGAUUCUGCUCCAAUACGCAGGUUGGAAUGGCACAAAACGAUAACUGAAGGCUUAAAGGAGUACUGUGCAUUGAUCGAUUCCAGUUCCAGCUUUCGGGCCUAUCGCCAAGCACUGGCCGAAACGAUACCCCCCUGUAUUCCAUACAUUGGACUCGUGCUACAAGAUCUUACAUUUGUUCACAUUGGCAACCCGGAUCAUUUACCGGACGGUUCGAUAAACUUUUCGAAACGUUGGCAACAGUAUCAUAUCGUGGUGAACAUGAAGCGUUUUAAGAAAGGGACUUAUCCAUUUAAAAAAAAUGAACGCAUCAUUGGUUUCUUUGAUAACUUCGAGUACUAUUUGGACGAGGAUGCUAUGUGGCAAAUUUCAGAAACGAUCAAACCUCGAGGAUCGCGCAAGAAUAACGUCAAUUAGUACAGGUUGAAUUGUUUGCGAGGGAGUAGGGAAGAGCAGCAGGAACGUAAAGCUACAAAACCGUGUGAAGAUGAUGGAAGAUGCAACCAGAAAUCGAUUCAUCGAUAUCGCUAGAAUGAUUGAACGCCAUAUUGUUUUUCGCUAUGUAAAAAAAAGAUGACAAAAACGACUGAUCUGAUUAGGUUGGAAAGAUUUCAUUCUAUAGAUAUAACGACCUGUCGGGUAUAUCAGCAGAAGCAGCGUCAAAUCCCUAGCAAACCGAAAUCCAACCUGGAACGCUUUAAACGAGAUCGGUUAGAAAAUAACGCAUUUAUCUUAGCUAUCCAUAUCGUUAUGAAGCAAAGCAAAUUUUAUUAUAUCCUGAAAAAAAUUAAAAAAUAAACGUCGAGAAUAAGCAUAGUAGCGGUCAUAAUAGCAGUUUGUUCAUUUGUUAUUCGUUCUUACUGUUGCUUCCUGCAUUUUCCUUCAUUCCUGUGUUUUGAAAGUAAGCACUCUUUUUCGACCGUAUAAAAGAAGGUUUACAUAUAGUGCGCUUUUAAACGGGGUACAACUUAUAAAUCAUUUGAAUUGUCUAAAUACCCCACACGUGAUUUAAUUGCUUUAUAUCUCUCGCAUGGAAUGGUACUUUACAAAAAGUAUUGUUUUAUUAUUAUUUAAGGUAACAAUACAGUUUUAAGAAGCAUAAACUGCGAACAUAACUGGCAAUCGAAUGUAUUUAAUAUAUGCACGCCUCAAUAUCUUUACCAAGCAAGAAUUUUAAUAUAAGAUUAACGCUAUAAUAGAUCACUUGACGGUCUGUGCGGUUUGAUCAAGCUGUAUCGCAAGUCAGGAUUUCAGUUCGGUUCGAAAAGUUGUUUGUAUUUACCAGCUAUUUACAUCAGUUCCUGUGGUCUGAAAUUGAUAAAAAGUCAGUUUUACGUACAAGCUAAAUGACUAUCAUUUUCUGGAUGCAAUAACAUUCAAGUCUAGUAUGCAUAGGAAAAUUUUUAGGGCAAUAUCUGAGUAAGUAAGUAGAAUGACUGAAAGUAAAUUCGACUGCAGUAAAUACAACUAGGCACCGAAAUCAUAAUGAUACUUCAUUCAAUCAAAUUAAAAAGAAUGUAAAACAAAUGAAGAAAUAACUAAAUAUAGCAUGCCCAGCGUAUUACAUAGACAUUCAAGGUGAGCACUUGCUUAAACGACGAAAAUCCAUUCGACGCACAACAACCUAAUCAGCAUGUUAUCUCACUCUUCCUAACUAAGAAAAACAAGAUAAUAGGGGCUUCUGCUUUUGAGCGUCGAAUGGAUUUUCGUCGUUCGAAACAGAUACUCGCCUCUGAUUUGAGUGAUAGUGGAAGAGCAAACCGAUGGAAA